AUGAAUCUCAUGACAGUUGCCUUAGCCUUGAUGUUGUCUGUUUUGACAGUCAAUGCUGCGAAAUCCUGUGACGGUGAUGGGGAGUGUAAGACUGGAUUUUUCUGCAAUCCUACAACUGACCUUUGUGAGAGACAAUCUGAAGCAGGAGAUCCAUGCACAUUCACCCGUCAAUGCAAAGGAUCAUCUAAUUGUGAAGAAGUUCCAGACAGCGACCCAAUUGAGAAAGUAUGCACUGAGAGAUGCCGAACAGAUGUUGACUGCGAGCAGUAUGGUAAUAAGCCCAAGGUAAAAUACUGCACCACUGGUGGGCUGGGAACACUGGUAAAAGGAUAUUGUGAGCCAACAAAAGAAGAAGGAGAGGACUGCAACAGAAGCCCAGAAUGUGAAGGCAAACUUUUUUGCAAACAUGGCACGUGUGUAGAGGCGGCAGAAGCUGUUACGUGUGAACUUGACUGCAAUAGUCUAAGAAAGAACCCAAACAACUUAAAACCAGGAGAGACAGUCAAUGUCACUUACUCAUGCACCUUUAUUAGAACUGGAGAGUUUGGACCACUGCCAAUCAAGGCAGAAUUGCGUCUGAAUAAGAAAAUCAAGCUUGGAAAAGCUCAAGGAGCAUCACCAGUAACAAUCAGUGGUUCAAAAGCAAUGGUAGCCAGAAAAGGAGAAUUCUCAGCAGAAGUUCAAGGAAUGAUGAAAGACUGUAAAAACCACAGAAAACUUUGCCGUGCAUCAAGACGCUGCAUCCUUAAGGCUUAAACAUAUAUUAUUCAAAUCAUAAGACUUUUGACACCUUAACCUGAAGAACCUACAACUCAACGUGCAAGAAAAACAAAAAAGUAGAACAUAUCAUUUACUGUCCAAAAUGUUUAAUAAAAGUAUUUUGUAAAUAUAGAUCUAUGAUGACUUCAGUUAUUCUAUUGAAAUUUUAUCAAAAGGUAAGAUGUUUAGCAUGUCUUAUUUUUCUCACUGAGAAUUGUUUGAGAU